CCCCUUCUAGCCGUCCUAACGUUAUAGUUCUCUUCCCGGCGUCCUUUGCGCUCUCUUCGCCCGGCCGCCGCCGACAUGGGACGCGUGCGAACGAAGACCGUGAAAAAGGCCGCCCGGGUCAUAAUUGAAAAGUACUACACCCGCCUUGGGAAUGACUUCCAUACCAACAAGCGCGUCUGUGAGGAGAUCGCCAUCAUCCCUAGCAAAAAGCUCCGCAACAAGAUUGCUGGGUAUGUCACCCAUCUGAUGAAGCGCAUUCAGAGAGGACCAGUCAGGGGCAUCUCUAUCAAACUCCAGGAGGAGGAAAGAGAGAGAAGGGACAACUAUGUCCCAGAGGUCUCUGCCCUGGAUCAGGAGAUCAUUGAAGUAGAUCCCGACACCAAGGAAAUGUUGAAGCUACUGGACUUUGGCAGCCUGUCCAACUUGCAGGUCACGCAGCCCACCGUAGGGAUGAACUUCAAAACCCCGAGAGGUGCCAUCUGAAGUCGUCGCCGUACUGUCACUUUUACAAUAAAUAUGUAGAAACAAA